CUUUCCCCUGGCCGGGAUAAGUUUCGGGCAGGCCCUUCUAGCGUGUGGAGAGGUCGGGUGAGACUAGGGGCUCGGCCGCGGGGCAGCCAGGGGGGCCCGAGAGCCGGCCGUCCGGACGUGUAGCACGGGGCAGCCCCGAGUGCUUCCGGAUCUGAGGCCCAGGCGGCCCGCGGGGGAAGUCUCUUCCCUCCUGGGGCCCUCGAUUUCCUUUUCUGGAAAGCAAAGGGGUGUGUCCAGAGGUCCGGGCCCGCAGCCGCAUAGCUGCCCCCAGGUGGAGUCCUCGAGCCGUUGCCCCGAGUCCCCGCAGCCGCUGCCACCAUGCUGAGGACGCUCCCCCGCGCGCUGCGGUCCCUGGGCCCCCGGGGGCCCGGCUGCGGGCCGGCCCGAGGCUGGGCCUCCCGGGACGCGGCUCCGGGCGCGGAGAUCCAAGUGAGCGCCCUGCGAGGGGACCGCGACGCAGGCAUCGUGGAGAUUUCGAUGAACAGGCCGCAGGCCCGAAAUGCUCUGGGCAAAGUCUUUGUCGGCGAGCUGUCCGACGCCUUGGAGGAGCUUCGCCUGGACAGGAGCCUCCGAGUGCUCGUGUUCAAGAGCGCUGUCCAGGGGGUGUUCUGUGCAGGUGCCGACCUAAAAGAGCGCGCGCAGAUGAGUGAGGCCGAGGUGGCCGCCUUCGUGCACCGGCUGCGGAGCCUCAUGAACCAGAUCGCCACAUUCCCUGCGCCCACCAUUGCGGCCAUCGAUGGAUUCGCUCUGGGCGGGGGCCUCGAGCUGGCCUUGGCUUGUGAUCUCCGGGUGGCAGCUUCUUCUGCCAUCAUGGGACUGAUAGAAACAACCCGUGGACUCCUCCCAGGGGCAGGGGGCACCCAGCGCCUGCCUCGGUGCGUGGGCGUGAGCCUGGCCAAGGAGCUCAUCUUCACGGGACGCCGGAUCGGUGGGGAGGAAGCGAAGGGCAUCGGGCUGGUCAACUAUGCGGUGCCCCAGAACCAGGAGGGCACAGCUGCCUACCAGCGGUCCCUGGAGCUCGCCAGGGAGAUCGUGCCACAGGCCCCCAUCGCGGUGAGAAUGGGCAAAGUGGCCAUCGACAAGGGGAUGGAGGUGGACAUCGCCUCUGGGAUGGCCAUUGAAGGGAUGUGUUACGCCCAGAACAUCCCGACCCGGGACAGGCUGGAGGGGAUGGCGGCUUUCCGGGAGAAGCGGCAGCCCCGCUUUGUCGGCGAGUGAGUGUCAGAGGCGCGUUCGGGAGGUGACGGCCCCCACAGCCGGGGGUCUCAGAAGCACAGCCACCGUUCUCCCCUCGAGCCUCUCGCCUGGGUCAGGGACUGCCGGGCCUUCGUCCAUCUGCAGCCUUGCCUUGCCGCUCCUGCAGAGCAUCCUCAGCCUCCACCAUAUCCUCACCCUUCCAGGGGCUGGGCCUCCACCAAAUCCUCGGCCUCCGGGCCCUGCUGAUGCGGGAAGACCUCAGGAGCAGGAGAGGCUCCGGUCCCCUCUCCAGGAUUCUCUCUCUCCCCAUAAAGCAGGGGAUUGAACUAACCUGUCAAAAUGAACUAGCAAUAAUAACAAGCGUUGGUGUCGCACUAAAAUGUGAUCUCAUGACCUUCACAACCA